GUUCAUUUCCAGCAUCUUUGCUGAAUCAUUGUGAUCCUGGGGAGAGCUCUCCCUCCGUGAGCUCUCUGGCUCCUCUGUGAUGGAAACCGGCACUUCCCGGCUCCUGCCACAGGCCUGGGUCCCUCUCUGGCCUGGGCUCACAGGAAGGGUUUCUGCCCUGUCUUGCUGUUGCUCCUUAGUCUGUGCAGGGAGGCUCAGUGUUUCUGACACCUGCCUUCCUCCAAAACUGUUUGGAGAUGCAUUCCCACACACAGACAGCUACCAGUUAGUUUCACAGAAGUGACAUAAAUUGGGUAAAACCCAACUGUUGUCAUGGGUGCUGAAAGCCUGGGUGCCUGGGGUUCCUUCGGCAGCACAGGGCCAGCAGGACCAGGCUAGGUGCAAGUGUUGUCUUUUGGCUCGUGUGAGAGGAGGGCCAAAGUAAUGUGGUGAUGUGAGCAUUUCAAACAAGCAACAGUUAAAAUAAAAGUUUGGAACCUGGACUUAAACCAGGAUGUCGUAGAGCUCCUCAGGGGAGGGAAGGAAGCUUCAGGAGCUUGGAAUUUAUAGUGAAGCAAUUAGACAUAAAGGAGUGAAAACGCUGAGUGGCUAGCAUGAGCGCUUUUCCCUCCUGCCUGAGGUGAAGACUAAGGAUUAGUAAAAAGCAACGAAAGAAAAGCAAGAACUGAGUUAAUUUUCAAUAAACUGUAUUAGUCAUUCUAAACUUGACGUGUAGAAGGUGAUGGAUGCUUUCUUUAGUGAAGCUGAUCUGCUGAAUUACCAGAAGCUUCGGUAAACGGUUGUUUUAAGAGCUUGCCUCCUCCUCGCUCCUUUGGUUAGGGUAGUGCGGUGAUGGAUCCUCAUGGAUUUGCUCUGCAGGCUGUUGUCUCGCUGUACAGUUUGGUGGAGUACAGUCAUCACUGGUGCUAGCUUAGUUUUUGUCAGUUCAGGUGAGUCACCAAUAAUGAUUUACAAUAAAAACUUGCCUUUCAAAUGUUGUGAGUGGCUGGAGAAUAGAGAGGUUGUCCACGUACAGCAUAGCUGUGUUGAGGGUGGGCGUUGCUUUUUCUCAUCUUUGGAGAUCUAAAUGUGAGAGGCAGGGAGCUCACUAAGUGGGUGAAACACCAGGUAUAUUUAUUUGUAUCAGUAGAGUCCUGGCUUUGCUCUUUUUAGUUUUCAAGUUGCAAUUUGUAGAAUUCCUGUCAAUUGUAUAUUGACCUAGAAAUCUAAGGUAACUAUUGAGGUUAAGUAGUUUGCAUGGAGGUUAAACACCUUUUGUUGUAAUAUUGAUACUAAACUCUCCAUUAAAGACUAGUGCCACAAGGAAAUCCUUUCAUUAUUUUCUUCGAAAAACUAGAUGAAAAACAUUCAGAGCAAAUCAGGUGGUAUGUGGCUCUUGACUUUUAACUGUUAGGUGAUUUUCUGCUCGUCCUUAAAGUAACUGCAUGUGACACAAACACUAUGAUUUUCUCCAAGUGCAGUGGCCUUGACCAAACGUAGUGCAUGUGGUCCCAGGAGUGUAAAUGCUUGGCAGUGCUGCUGGCAUCCUCUGGGCAGGUCCUGAACCCGUGUGUGUAUUCACAGAUGCAGAUGUUCAGCUGACUGUCAUUUGCUUUCUCUGAGUUUCAGCUUGCAAAAUGGUUGCACGUUAGCAGCUCUGUUGCAGAAGCCCUGCUGAAGUUAAUGGGACUACCUGUUGCAGAAGGGUUGCUGGUAGAUAACCUUCUAAUUCUCCGAGUCAUAAUACAUGAAAUAAGAGCAAGCAUUUUAUAAAUGCUGUUAUCCAAUUUGGUGUAUUAAAUAUAAAAUGAUGACUUGAGUGCUUUUCUUCAGAGGUACUCCUUUCUUGUAGUUCUGGACGUGCUUGGUGCUGAGCUACAGCAGCAGCGGUGAUGACCACGUUAAUGCUGUACAUCAUCUCCCUGCUCGCAGAAGCAGCUUGAUGAAAGCAGGACUGUGGUUUGCCACAAUCAGUGUACUUCUGCUCUCAGCAAGGAAUGACAUCCUGUUUGGCUUAAAUGGUGUCAGCAGUUUGCCUGCCUGAAUUUCUUCUUAAAUGAGUUGUUUUUAUGGUUAUUAAAGACAGGCUGUCUUGGGAUACGGCUGCAUGUUGUCUGGUACCUGCUGUCUGGACAUGAGUAGCCAUGUUGGUGAGGCUGUCCCCGGGUGUGGUGUGUUGCUGUGUGACACAGGGACAAGAGCUGGCUUGAGGCUGCCCAUCCCGUGGUAUGGAUGGAGUGAGUGGCUGCCCACCCUCACCAGUGCGUCACUGUAUUUCAUUCAGGAAGAAUUUAAGACAUGGUUGAAAGGGUGUAUGUCGCGAAGGGCGUAUGUCCCCACCCUUGUUGUGAUGUGGUUUGUUAGUCCUUAUCUCAGGCUGUACCUGAACUGAGCUAUUUUUGCCUGUGAAGUUGUCCAGAAAUUCAGAGCUCCCAGAUUGGUGCGGGAAGCAGCGGGUAGCUGUGAUCACACUUGGGCAUUUUAUGAUGGCUUCCUGGUAUCAUCCCUUCGCGUUGUGCAUCUUGCUCCAGCUCUGCCAGGGAGGUUUGUGCAUGCCUAGUGAUUCUGGGUCCUUACGCAAAGGUCAGUGAGACUUCUUGAUGCCACUUAUAUGUUGAGAGCUGGGUUUCUUUCAGCUAAUUGCUCUCGUAAAUUAUUCACUCCAGUAUUACAUAGCAGUGCUGUGAUCAAAGAUUAGUUCAUGCCCUCGUACAGACAGGCGGUGUCAUCUGUUUCUUUCCCUGAUAAAGUCUUGAUUCAUCUGUAGUGUGGGCUUAGAUGCUGACCAAAAUAACAUAGUAACUGUCCACCAGUUUAAAUAACUCUGAUGGGCAUCUGUCUGUCUCUGAAAUAUUCUGAAUGUAUAAUUCCAGUUAAUUUUAUUAAGACUGUGAAUCUCUUCUGUCAUGAUUACCAGUGAAAUUUCUGUCUGGCUGCAUCAUUUCACUUUCAAGUGAAUGUUUUCCUUGAAUAUCAGAAACGUGCACCAGUCUCUCCUAUUGAUUUAAUGCAUCUGUAUGUUAUACUGGUGGUGUACUUGACCAGAAUAACUCCUGCUGGAAUUUACAAAGGUCUGUGCUGUUGAUAAAGAUUGAUAAAGAAAACCUGAAUGAAUUCACUUCUUGAUUUGUGAGCAGUUAAAGUAAUUACAGAGGUUGGCAAAAGAGCUGGCAUUCCAGGUUUAUCUGCUGUUGGGGUGUGUGUGCUUUAAUGUACUUUCUUGAGGCAUGUUCUGUCUCUAACUUGUAAAAAUAGGAUCCUGGUAUGACUAGUUCUGUAUCUUAGUAUUCCUUAGUCUUCUGUUGUCUCACCUCAUGAUUUUUGUAUACUGACUUUGUUUUUUCUGCUCUUUAACACAUCUGAGAUGCGGCUGAGGCUGUGCUUGUGCUGCCGGUCCCCGAAGGCAUGAGCUGCUGGAUGCUGUUGUGCCCGGGCUGUGGGUUUGAGCAGGGUAGCAGAGCCCAGAGAAGUGGGCAGAGCAGGGUAGCAGAGCCUUGUUCUGUGAUGAAUGGGACUGACCUCGUUUGCUAGGAAUGAGAAGGACAAGUAGUCUUUUUGGUUGGGAGUUAAGUGUGAACCUUCAGUUGUUUUAGAAGGUAGGGCCCUGGCUUGGCUAAAUCUUAGUGCUGCUUUUAGCUGGGUGGCUGUGUUGAAGUUUGCUAGUAAAGAGGAUGGGAGCAGAACUCUUGGUAACUGUGUGGUCUUUAAGAUGUAAAAAUAAACAAAGCUGAGAAGCUGUACCCUACUUAAAGCAGACUGACCUAAAUUUUCAGCAGUUCUAGCAGCGAGGCAGGCUCUGGGUAGGGAUAAAGGCUUACUGACAACUGGCUUCCCUGUCCAUGCAUCGCUUGACAUGGUUGACAGGCCGCCUUUGGAAAAUCUGGUGCCUGGGGUCACUGCUUCCCCCUCCUCGAGUUGCACAACCCGGGCUGUGGAUUUCCCUUGCUGUGCUUGUGUGGAGCGAGUCCCCUUGUUAUGCAAGUCAGCAGUUCAGCAUCUUCUGGGAAGUCACCGCAUGAACCACUUCUCAAAUUGCCUUGGUUGGAGCAUUGUUGAAAACAUGUUUGAUGUCCUCUGGCUUGUCCCUAAAGAGAUUUCUUUCCAGAGUCUGUAUGUGUGAAGUCCAUUCGUACUCUUUGUCUGUAGAUUAAUGUUCUCGCUAUCAAUUGCAGUUCUCCACUACUGAAUUAUUAAUUCCACAGUGAGAUUUUUUUUUCUUCCUACUGUUCAUUGACUUUCAUGCUUGAUUUAUUCUUCUGUGCAGUUUGAAACUGGAGCAUGGGAAUUUUGACUAAUAUCAACAAAUCACGUGUAUGACCUCAAUGGUGGCUAAAUAAACUUUUUUAAUUGGGAAAAGGACAUCUGUCUUCCAAAGUAUGUACAGUUUCCCAUGUGAAAAGGAGUCCAUUUGUGAAUGUACGUUAUCCUCAGAGGCGCGUUGCUUGUUAUUUAACAAAACUGGGAUGGUCAGACAGCUGGUGGAGUGAUUACCCAUUUGGUCUGGAGGCAGUCCUGUGGGUAGCGUGAAGGGAGAAGCAGGGAAAAGCUCGUUUGUAGAUUCUUCUGCUAAUGUGGCUUUGUAGCUGAAUGCUCUCCCUGGCAGAGAGCCUGCCUUUGAUUAGAAAGCAUUCCCCUCGGUUGUUCUUGUAGGUACUGAUGGUCUGCCAUGUUUUGUUCUUUGUUUUGUGUUUUUUGUGUGUGCUUUUUCCUGCAGGGAGAUAAUAAGAGGUGAAUUGCGUAUCCUUUCGGCAGCCUUCUGUUAAACUUGGAAUACCACAGUUCAAGCAAUUGAACAGAUGGAUAAUGGAGACUGGGGAUAUAUGAAUGAGAAACAGAUUGUGAAAGUAAGGAGCACUGAUGGGCCUCAUUCAGAUUAACUUGUUCUUCAGGAAAUAUCUCUGUUCUCAUUUCCCCAUCUGUAGAAUAGGAAAAAACCUUGUUGCCCAAAUGCAAAACUGACUUCUGUGACAGUGGCUCAGUUGUUAGGAUUUCUAAAACAUUCUGGAAAUGCGUAUUCUGAAUGUUAAGUAUCACCCUGUCUAGUUGGCAGUUGUGCCUUGUUGCUAGGUGGCUUGGAUUUGUUCGCGUUUAAAAACCACUUAAAGGCUUCAAAUGGGAGAAGCGUGAUCCUCUCCAGAGCCUGCAGUUUUCAAACAGUAUUUGCCACGUGUGUCAGUGCGGUGAUUGAAUCUUCUUGUGGUGGCUUGAUAAACUCUGCAAUUUCUCUCUUUCUAGAUGACUGAUCCAGUCACACUAAAUGUGGGUGGACACAUGUAUACGACAUCCCUUACAACUCUAACAAGAUAUCCUGACUCGAUGCUUGGAGCCAUGUUCAGGGGAGACUUCCCCACUGCCAGGGACUCUCAGGGCAAUUACUUUAUUGACAGAGAUGGACCACUUUUCCGUUAUGUUCUUAACUUUUUAAGGACCUCAGAGCUCACUUUGCCACUGGACUUCAAGGAGUUUGACCUACUUCGGAAAGAAGCGGACUUCUAUCAGAUUGAACCACUAAUUCAGUGUCUUAAUGACCCCAAGCCGCUGUAUCCCGUGGAUACCUUUGAGGAAGUGGUGGAGCUGUCCAGCACCCGGAAGCUCUCCAAGUACUCCAACCCGGUGGCUGUAAUCAUCACGCAGCUCACCAUCACGACGAAAGUCCAUUCGUUACUGGAAGGUAUUUCAAACCACUUCACAAAGUGGAAUAAGCAUAUGAUGGACACCAGGGACUGCCAGGUUUCCUUCACUUUUGGGCCAUGCGAUUACCACCAGGAAGUGUCGCUCAGAGUCCAUCUGAUGGAGUACAUCACAAAGCAAGGCUUCACGAUCAGGAAUACCAGAGUUCAUCAUAUGAGCGAGCGUGCCAAUGAAAACACAGUGGAGCAUAACUGGACUUUCUGUAGACUGGCACGGAAAACAGAUGACUGAUUCUGACUCCACAGGAGCCACUUCAGUGAUUAGCAACUUAAUUGGACAGCAAACCCGAGAGAGUCUGGAUUUUGACUAGAACAACAAUGUGGGCUUUUUUUAUACGACUAUUUAUUGUUUAUCAGUAAGGACUGGAGGAGUUUCAUUCUCUAGCAGCUCUGUCCUUUUGUCCUGUUCGGAAAAAAAAUAAUGCAUGUGCCUGUUCAGUCAAGACACCUUUUUGUUUGAAAGAGGGAGUCCGAAGAAUUAGUACAAUAGGGUAUUUUGUGUCAUUAACACAAUUCUCUGACGCAACUUAAAGUGCUAAAAUUACCUCCAUUUAAAUGGUUUCUAAUCCAUCUAAUGCUACGGUACUGGGAGCAAAAAACAAAUGGAAUUUAAGAUGCAGUUGGGGAAAAGCUGCUAUCAUGUAGACUAAUUUAGUUUCUAAAUCAAUAAACAGUAUUGUAAUGUUCUAGGAAAACAAAUCCCACCCUUUAAAAGUACUUGAUAAGUACAGUUUGUUACAGUUAUGACAACUGUUUCUUUCUAUGCAUAUAAAUCAAGCAACCAAAUAUUAUCUGUAGCCAUGGAAAUACGAUUAGAAAUAUUUAUAUUGGAUUCUAAAUGCAAAAUGUCCCUGUGGUAGAAUUCAUAUUUUUAAUGCCUGGUGCAAUAUUAUUCCCAAGUGUAAUGCCUGCCAGCAAGAAGCUAA